AUGCUUAUAGUGUUACUGAUUUUAGCGCCAAUUCUUUUCAUACUUUAUUAUGAAAUGAAAUAUAAAAAAAUUCGUAAACAAAUUAAACAUACGCCGGGGCCACCAAUUCUACCAAUGCUGGGAAAUGCACAUCAAGUUGGAAAAUCACCAAACGAUAUACUUCACUCUUUCUUCAAUUGGUUUUAUCAAUAUGGAAAUUUUAGCCUAUGGAUAGGCUAUCUGCUCAAUUAUGUGGUGACCGAUAUAAAAGAUAUGGAGUUCGUCCUAACCAGUCAAAAUUUGUUAGCGAAAUCGCAAAUCUAUGAUGUCCUGCAUCCCUGGUUGGGUGAUGGUCUCUUGACAAGUCAUGGCAAAAAAUGGCAUACACAUCGUAAAAUGAUAACUCCUUCAUUUCAUUUUAAAAUAUUACAAGAUUUCCAUGGCGUUAUGAGUGAAAAAUCCACAAAAUUCAUGGAGAAGUUGAGAGAAGUCUCAAAAGGUGAAGCAAUAUUCGAUAUACAAAAGGAAAUACAUUAUUUGGUUCUGGAUAUUAUUUGUGAUACUGCCAUGGGUGUUUCCAUCAACGCUAUGGAGAAUCCUCAAUCGGAAUUUGUUUCCGCCAUGGACUUUUUAUGUUCGAAUGCCUGCUUGCGAAUGUUUCAUCCAUUGAAGAUUAAAUUGUUUACCUACAAAUUCUAUCCGGAAUACAAAACUUACUGUAAGAAUCUAAAUACGGUAAAAGAUUUCCUUUACAAUGUUAUUGACAAACGAAUAGAACUUCGCCAGCAAGAGGAACGGAACGGUAGUCUAAAAAAAUCAGAAGAUGAAUUCGCUAAACGUAAAUUUGCAUUUUUGGACAAUCUGUUAUCCACUACAAUUGAUGGCCGGCCCUUGACUAGAGAAGAGCUAUACGAAGAAGUGGCCACAUUUAUGUUUACGGGUCAGGAGACUAUAAGUGCUGCUUUAUCCUUUGCCUCCUUUCUACUUUCGCGUCAUAAGGAUAUUCAAAAGAAGGUGUUGGAAGAACAAGAGCUUGUAAUGGGAGGAAAUAUGAAAGGCAAUGCCACCUUUCAGGAGCUAAGUGAAAUGAACUAUUUGAAUUUGGUGUUCAAAGAGACCUUAAGAUUAUACCCCUCGGCUCCUGUGGUAGGCAGAAUUGUGAACGAGGAUUUGCACAUGAAUGGAAAACUUAUACCAGCUGGCUCAUCAAUCUUAUUAUUUAUAAUGGCCAUGGGCUAUAAUGAGAAAAUAUUCCCCGAUCCCUACCGUUUCCAACCGGAAAGGUUUGAUAUUACCAAUCGCGCACCUGAUAGCAACCCAUUUGAGUAUGUGCCCUUUAGUGCUGGUCUACGAAAUUGCAUUGGACAAAAUUUUGCCAAACUGGAAUUUAAGACAGUACUGUCGAAAUUGGUUAGAAAUUUCGAAAUUUUACCUGCCCAAGAUGAGUUAGAAUCCAAGGAUGGCUAUACAUCGAUAUUUUUUGGCCCAUAUCGGAAAGAAAGAUCACCAAUGCAUAAAUACGAUCCAAUAUUGUCGCCUGCCUUAACGCUGAGAUCAGAAAAUGGAGUGCAUUUAAGACUUAGAGAGAGAUAGUGAUGUGCUUAAGAAACAAUAGUAGGAUAUUAAAUGAUGUUGGUGGUGGUUUUAA